GUGGUAGCCUACCAAGAUAAUCCUUCAUGUACACCGUGGAGUAACAUUGAAAUCGACAGACUGCCAGGCAAUGGUGUGGGAACAGUAGCCCUUACAAAAGUUGUUAAGCUGUUGCGAACUUUCAUCUAAGUAGGCAAUAUACAUCUCUACAUCUCUGGACGCGUAAGGGAAAUCAACAGCUCUGAAAAUAAGCGUGAAACAAUAUUUUUAUUCCUGUGUUAAGUUUUGGGAAGGGCCAUUUCAUUUGAAUGACCUAAAUUUAUAACAGGACAUCUGUGGAUCCAUACAAUGGGCAAGGAUCACGAUUUACUGGAAGCUGCCAGAAAUGGACAGGUUGAACAAAUAGAACGAAUAUUGGGUCAUCAUAAGACGAAAAAAGUACCACUUGGGCCAUUGUCAAGCCUUAGGAAAGGCCCAAAUCCAAGUUGUCAAGAUGGCAAUGGGGAAACACCUCUACACUAUGCAGCUCUCAAUGGACAUGUGUCUGCUGUCCAGUCUCUUCUAAGACAUGAAGGCUGUGCCACCAUUGCAGACAACAAAGGAUGUCAUCCUAUCCAUCUUGCUGCCUGGAAUGGAAAUGAUGAAAUCUGCAAACUCUUACUCACUUCGGGACCAUCAUUUGCCAGUGUUAAUGAACAGAACCAUGAAGGAGACACAGCACUCCACACAGCUGCCCAAUAUGGCCAUACAAAAGUAGUGAGGGUAUUGCUUGAGAGUAAAGCAGAUCCUACUAUAAGGAACAACAGAGCAGAAUCUCCAUUGGACUUAGCUGCCCAGUAUGGCCGCCUGGAGACGGUGCAGGUUCUGUUGAAGUUUUGUCCAGCACUGGUCAAUGAGAAGUCUUCCAAACACUCUCCUCUUCACCUGGCCUGCAGAAAUGGACAAAAACAAGUAGUUCAAACCCUGUUGGAAGCUGGAUUUGACAUAAAUACUGAGACUGAGACUGGCACAGCACUGCAUGAAGCAGCUUUGUUCUGCAAGGUCGGGGUUGUUAGACUUCUAGUUGACAGGGGCAUCAACCCUAUGAUCAAGAAUCAAGAGCACAAGACUGCACUAGGUUUGUUCCAUUCUCACAGGUCAGCCACCCAGGCCACAUUGGACACAGUACAUAUCUUACAAGAUUAUAUGAGAAGAAAGCAGCUACCCUUUGAGGAAAUCCUUCCCACAGAAAAACCUUCCCAGAAACCCACAAAUCUGGAAGUUCCACCCUCAGCAUCAUUAUUUCCUACUGACCCCACAAUGAUAAAGCGUGCAGCUUCAGCAAAACAACAGCCUCGGAGCAAUAUUUAUGAACUAGUCCAAGCAGUUCAAGAUGACAAUAACACAGAGGCGAUUUAUCAUGAACCUCCUCCUCCAGUUGAGGCAAAUGGCAGCUCCAUUUCCACCUUCCCAACAAAUAUGUCUUCCAGUGGAAAGCCAGCUUCAGAAGAAAGUGAUGAUAAUGAUGAUGACACAUAUGCAGAACCACCACCACCACGCCCCGUACCAAAGCCUCGCUCUGGGUCCAGUGUGUCUAAGGGAGAGGAGCCUCAUUCAGGGUAUGGGGAGGAGGUAACAGAGGAGAGGAAGUCAAACCUAUAUUCCAAGGUCAAUAAAGAUAAAAAAGCUGAAAUUAAGCAUGAUAGUGUGCUCAGUACCUGCAGCUCUGUAGAUGUUCCUGCAGUUCCUCCCAGAGAUCUGUACCAGGAAGACACAGAUGACCUGUAUGACGUGCCAUCUGCACUUCUUAGGAAAGUUCCAGAACCAGAGUCAGCUCAGCUUCUUCCUCCCCCUCCCCAGCCUGGUGCCUGCAAUACCUCCAGUUAUAUGAACAUGGGGGGAAUCCUAUCUCAGCAGCAGAAAGAAACCACUAAGAAAUCUUCUGCAGUUCCUACUAAACCACCAAGAAGGAGAACUCUUGAAAGAGGCCUUGAUGGUAUAGAGGUAAAACUGUCAUCUUCCCCUAAAAUGACAUUGGGGACAUCACCAAGAGAGAGUUAUGAAAAUGUCAGCCUAGACACAGAAACCAGCAUGGACAUAAUUAAAUCUGUUCAGAUGCAAACAUCAGAAAGAGACUCUGCUAGUCAGCCAUUGGGAAGAUCUUCAGUUGAGUUUUAUGAGCUAAUGAGUCCCAAAGCUGAUGAAAAUUUGAACAAGAAACCUAACUACCCCCAGCGUAGCAAGCAACCUCAGCCUCAAGCAGAAUUGUACACAAAUGUUGAAACCGUAGCUUCUCACAGCAGUGCCACUGAGGUGCAUCCUGUGCCUCUCAGUACCAGAGACUCCAAGAAUGCAGUAGGUGAGACUUACGAAAAUGUGUCUCCACAAAAUAUCAGCCAGAUGGGCUCAGGUGGUCAGGAGAGUGCAGAGGAUGUGGGUGUUGUAGAAGAUCCUUGUCCAAACAAGCCACCACCAACCCUGGAGUUUACCAGGAGAAAGAAGCCUGAGCGUAAUGUUCCACUCAGCCCCACAGGUUAUGUACAACCCCCCACCCCUGACUUCCCACCACCCUCACCCCACACUGCAGAGCUGGGCAUACAUGAAAAGAUCAACCCACAGGAGAAACGCCAGUCUAGAGAUAUCGAAACUAUAACAGAACCAGCAUAUCUCCAGGCCCUGGGGGAGAGCAGCAGUUCUGCAGAAAAUAGUGCUGGGGCCACUACAGAAGAGGAAAAGAGUCUUCCAGAAGUUACUGACAAACAGCCUAAAAGUGAAGCUGCAUCAAAACUGACAGGAGAGAAUAAACAGAUAAAAGUUGACAAUGUUCAAUUAAGUGAAGACCAAGACAAAGAUAAAACUGAAAGUGAGAAAAAUAUUUCUGAAUCAGAGAAAGUUACAAGAACUCAGAGUGUUAAAGAUGCUGGGGAAGAAAAAGAAAAUUUACGACCAGAAGAUAAUGCUGAGAAUGUAACUGUGAUCAGAAGGAAAAAGGAAACUUCCCCAGAUAUUGUCAAGGCAGAUGCAAAUAACCCCUUUUCAGUGGAUCUGAAACAGAGUCUAAUCAGAGGCUCCAUACCAGGAGGACAACGUAAGGUGGUAUCCCAGAUCUAUGAAAAUGUCUACAUACAGCCAGGAGGACUGAGGAAGCCAUCAAAAAGAAGAUCGGCUCCAGGAAGUACGUAUCUUGCAUAUGAAGCACUGAAGAAGAAGGACUCUGAGAAAUCAAAAGGAAUGGGGGACUCCAUAAGUGAGGAAAAAGAGGGAGAGAGGACAGCAGAAGAAGAACAGGAAGAAGAUGAAAAUUCCAUUGAUGAAACAGAAGAGUGGGCACAGAUUGCAGAUGUGCUAAAAAGCUAUGGCGGCAAGCUCAGCAUAUCAGAUGAUGGGGACUGUGCUUUCUUCGAGUUUGACAAUGAACUUGCUUCCCUCAUGUCUCAGCAAGCUGAGCAGAAGAUUCAAAGCGUAGGUGACUGGUUACAGGACAUGGGACUAGGGCAGUAUGAAAAUACAAUGGUGGCCAAUGGUUUUGAUGAUAUGGAUUUUUUGGGUGGCACAAUUAUUGAGGACCAGGACCUUAUUGAGAUUGGGAUCACCAACCAAGAACACAGAGAUAGAAUUGUAGAAGCAGCUAAAACUUUAACUCCAAUCCGACCUAUAGGCAGCAAAAAAUUGCCCUUAUCAGUGGAAGAAUGGUUGUCAUCCUUACGGCUUCAAGAGUAUACUGAAACAUUCCUGAAUAAUGGGUUCACAAGCAUGGACAGAGUGCGGAAGAUAUGGGUAUUAGAAUUAGAUACGGUACUUGGUAUUACCACUCUAGGACACAGGAAAAGAAUCCUAGCAUCUCUUGGAGAACGGCCAGAGGAAAAAAAAAUCAUAUCGGAUGAUUCAAAAUGGAAUCUCAGUCCAUUAACAGGAGACAAGACUUCCAUCCCAGAUGAGUACCUGACCACAAAACAAGCCACAGAUAUUAACCUUUAUAAAGACUACACAAGUGUGAAACCUAAUUACCAGGGCCAACACUUUGAACCAGAAUCAACAGAGCACAUUCCACUGAAUCCAAAUAAGAAGGACACGACAGAAGGGUCUGAUCCGCAGGUUGGAUUAAGAGAUGAUGCUAUCAACAUCCGCCCCCCACACCUUGCUCACACACAGAGUCCAGUCAAGAAGUGGCGACAUAGGCCUGAGGUGCUCAUUAAGGGAUGUUGCAAUUAUACAGCUCAGUACCUUGGUUCAUGUCUUGUUAAAGAUCUUCAAGGAAUAGACUCAACAAAAGAAGGGAUUUUAAAAAUGAAAAAAUCAACAGACUCCAUAGCUAAAGUGCCAACCAUACAAUUAUCCAUAUCCUAUAAGGGAGUGAAGUUCAUUGAUGCCAAGUCCAGGAAAGUAAUUUGCGAACAUGAAGUGAGCAACAUCUUCUGUGCCUGUCAGGAUGCAGACAACCUCAACUAUUUUGCCUACAUCACCAAGGACCUUCAGGCGGGGAAACACUACUGUCAUGUCUUCAGUGUGGGAAGUACCGAGUUAGGAACAGAAAUUAUCUUGACCUUGGGUGAAGCAUUUGAAGUAGCAUAUCAAGUGGCAAUGAAGGAAAAGGCCGAAGAAUCUGCUGCCCAAUUCGAAGAAGGGUUGUGGAUAGGAUCCCAGUAGGAACUGACAGGAAAGUCUGAUCACAGUACACUUGAAAUCGUCACCUCCAGCUGUCAACAUUGUGUGAGGGGGUUACCAAGGACAGGACGCCAUUUUGAUAUCCACCAAGUAUUGUCAUGAUCAUUGAAUAAUGUACCCAGAAGCUGGCUUUACAUAUAUUAAUCAUCCCAUGGUCAACAUGGGGCCUUGAAUCUAGUUAUUAGAAAGGUGGGCCCUGCUCACCUCCUGAGGUCAUUAGAUCAUCCUCAUCAUAUCCAUCGAGGAGGAGAAGAUUAUAUGCUAAUAAUGAUGAAUAAAGUUCACCCUAUCCUUUGUCACUCCAUGCUGUGCAGGGAAAACCAAAGCAGCUUAGUCUUCCUGUUACUUUUUUACUGUCAGUUUUGCUUCUCUUAUAUUUGUGGAACAAGCUAAAUAUUUUAUCAUUGUAAAAAACAUUAAUUGAAUUGUAUGUCAACACAUGUGGUGCCAUGGUUUCCAGCCUCUGUCUGCUGCAUACAUGUAAUCAAAAUGUUUUGGACUCUUUUUGAAGAGAACUAGUGAAUGAUGGCUAAUAUUUUACAGCUUGGUGCUUGCUACUCCUAAUUUUUUGUGAUGUCAUUUAGAUAUUGCAUGCCCCAGUAAGAAUUAAUUUUUGAAAAUGAUACAUCCAACAAUGCUAGUUCUGGAAGCAAUUGUAAUUGGUUCUGUUUUGCAAGAGCAUUAAUAGACGAGAGACUGCUUUGUCUGUAGAAGCAGAAUUUGAAGUAUCAUCUCGGCUUUCAUGUUGUCACAUGUUUUCAUGCCUGGGUGACUAGACAUGCAACCAUUGACUAUGGGUUGAAAGGUUUCAGCAGAAUUUAAUCAGAUGCAAGUAUUGAAUCCCAAGAACUGUAUGUUUUGAUGAUAUCAAAGUCAAUAUGGUAGUGUCACUCACUGACAGACAAUGGCUAGAUUGUUUUUUAUCUUCUCAAAUAGAAAGAUUUGUGACUUAGAACCUGCUAUGCUAUUCCAAACACAACUGAUAGUAUUGUUUUGUAAGUUACAUGUAUGAAUUGGGUCUUCUGUAAACAAAUCCUCUGGUGCCCUUAUGUGACCCAAAAACACCAGACACCUUCACACCUGAUGAAGUGAAAACAAUUCUGGAACUGGUUAAUUUUUAUCUGUUAGAACUAAUUGGCAGAUUUUCACCUGGGCUGAACUGAGAAAGAUGAUCUGUUGGGUGUAAAUAUAUUGCUACCACUUAAGAUUGGUAUAUCUCUCCGAUUUAGAUAGUAUUAUAUGUUAAAAUAUUUACAGCCAUUUUUAUUGUAACAAUAUUUUGAUUAAUGAGUUCAUUUCUGUUAAUAAUCUUGUAAAUAUUUCAUCUGUAAAGAAUUGAAGGUGCACUAAUUGAAUUGAAAAAGAAAUAUUUAUGUAAAACAUUUAUCAAGUGCUGUUACUGCUCCGCAGAGUAUGUGUUAAUGACCAUGUUAAAAUGAUUCGCAUCGUUUAUACUUUAAUGUUUUUAUUGACUAUGUACAACAUGAUAAGUAUCAGAACAAGAUAUAAUAUAUGAAGUAACUAUUGUAAAUAGAAUGAUCAAUAAAUAUGAAUGAGACUACUG